CAAACCAACAUCAACAAACGACCCAACGCAACAACACCACACCUCCCUCAAUCAACAUGCUCCACUCCGCCGCAACUCCCGUCGCCCUCCAAGAAUUCAUCCCCCCUCUCGGCCCCCAACCCGCCAACCCAGUCCUCUACUCCCCCCAACCCGUAACCCUCCUCCUCAAAGAAAAAGUCCUCUCCCUAACCGGCGACGGCUUCACCAUCGUCAACGCCGCAACUUCUCAACCCGUGGUGCUCCUCAAACCCAAGAAAAUCUCCCUCCACUCCACGAAAGUCUUUACCGAUCCCGCUGGUGUGGAACUCUUCUCCCUCUCCCACAAAACCCUCGCCCUCUUCAAAUCCUUCACCGCCGAGUCGAAACUCUCCCCAGCGCACAACUUCGAGAUCAAAGGGAAAUUCGCCCUCGGAGGCAGUAAGAGCAGUGUACACUUCAAAAACGCCUCCGAUGGGAGGGACAUCGAGUUGCUCGUCAAGGGGGACUGGUUUGAUCGGUCGGCCAACAUAACCCUCAAUGAUCGCGUUGUGGCGACCGUGGGGAGGCAGUUUGCGAAUGCGAGGGAGUUGGUGGGGGGGAAGCAGACGUACUUUGUGACGGUCGCGCCGGGUGUGGAUUUGAGUAUGAUUGCGGCGAUUUGUGUGUGUUUGGAUGAGAAGGAGAAUGAGAAGUAAGAUUGAUACCCGGACGGCACGAACGGCUCAAGACAGGAUCAUACGAAAUUGGGCUUUCGAGAACGAUCAGUAUAUUCUCGCAGAUAGAAUGAAUACCAGAUCAUGACAUCCGAGUUCA